AAACGAAGACUUGAAUGUCAAUUGAGAUUUUUAAGGUUACCACUAGAUUUCACAAAACAAUGUUAUGUGUUUAUUGUUAAUGUUUUUGGUUUUAUAAUUGCCUUUUAAGCUUUAAUCUAGAUAGGAAUUUCAAAUAAUAUUAAACUUUGUGUAUAAGCCAUGGAUAAUAGUAAUAAAAUCGUCCCACCUCAUCUCAAUGCCGAAAUAUACAGGACCGACACCACCGGCACGAGUACGCUAUCUUAUUUAGAUUAUAUCAGAAUUCAUUCCGAUGGAAGUGUUCUGGUGGGAUCAUCAGAACUCACUGGUCGCUAUUGGAAUGGUGGCGUUAGUGUGUACAAAGGUAUAGGAGAAGCUCAAAGCAUCAAAACUGAAGAUAAGAGGAGUAUUUCUUUGUGUAGUGGAACUGCUGAUGGUUGCUUUAUUGGAAGUUCUUCUAAGUUGUUGAUAUGUGAAGACAAUGGAGCAGUAAGUGUGUGGGUCAAAAACAGUGACCAGCAGAAUGCUUGGAACCAGUGGAGGGAAGACCUUUCUGUGGCAGAACAUGACAAUGCAGUUUUGGCUGUAGACUGCCUUGAGCCUGAACGCCUCUUUGCUACCACUGGUGCUGAUGGAAAUGUUAAGGUUUGGGACAUAAAUGAUAUGGUAUGUAUAAGGAACUACAGUGCAGCACACACUAUGACUAUAAAUACAGUUGCAGUGAAACCAAAGUCCGCACACAGUUUUGCAACCGGUUCCAUGGAUCAGUAUGUCACACUGUGGGAUGAUAAUACUGAUAAAGCAGUAAUGGAUAUAAUGAAAAAUGAUUGCUCUAUUCAAUGCUUGGCUUUUUUGGAUGAGAACCGUUUAGUAGCUGGGGAUGAAGCUGGUGUAUUACAUUUGAUAGAUAUGAGAAAUACAGAAACAAAUGUGAAAAUUACAGAAUUUCCUGCAGCAGUGCACAAGUUGGUUGUGCAACCAAAUUCAGACAAAGUAGCAGUAUGUUGUGACAAUAAAAUUGUCACAGUUUGUAAAGUGGAGGAGAAUAGUGAACCCAAAGUAAUAUACCACGACAGACACAUGCAUAGCAACUAUGUGAGAGGUGCAGCUUGGGACAUCGAGGAUAAGAACACUCUACAUACAGUUGGAUGGAAUGGUGAACUGAAAUCGCACACUGUUUCAUUGGACUGAAAGUAGUUAAUAAAUAAAACAAUACUUACUAAAAAACA